AAUUAACUCGGUCUUGAGAGAACGGGCAACGACUGAAAAAAAACUCAUGGAUACAACACAAGCUGAAAAGGCUCUUGAACGACAGCUUCAAGAGGUUACGACGCGUCUUUAUAGUGCAGGGCGUCUUGGAGAACGCCUUCUUAGUCAAAAAAAGCAAAUAGAAGAACAAUUGGAAGUAUUAGAAGGGGUUAAUCGGAUCCCAGAGAAUUUGAAAGCUAAAUUACAAGAACUUGAAAGAGAAUUUGAGGAAAUUAAGAAGGAAUCUAAUGAUUCAUGGUUAUUAUUAGGAUCUCUGGAUGAAGUGUCUAGUUUGGACCAGCAGAUUAAGCCAAAUAUUCCACAGUUUAUAAGUAAUGGAACGAUAUCACCUAUUAAACAUGGGUUUUCUACGCGUAGACGUAGUAAUAAGCCAAUAUCUCAGCCUCAUGAUAUUGAAUUUGCAACGGAAAUUGGGCAAAGUUUAUUAGCAGAAGUUCGAAGGCUUCAGGGGCUAUUAAAUGAGCGGGAAGAGCAAUGGAAGGCUAUUAUAUGUGAGAAAGGGUAUUUAGAGCAUGAGAUGGAGGGUUUAGAAGGAAAACUUAAAACGCUGGAAGAAUCAGAAGAAAAAUACAAAGAAGAGAACUGGAAUUUGGAGCUUAUGACACAAGAAAUGGCUAAAGAAAUAUCAAGGCUAUCGGCAUUGGAAACUCGAAUAAGUCAGGAAAAUGCACGGCUUUUGAAGAUAACACAAACGCAGAUCGAAACGAUUGAAACCCUAAAACAAAGGGAAAUGGAGUUAACAGAGAUAUUGGAACAAUUGAGGGUAAAACAUGAAUCAGAGAUAACGAGUUAUCGGAAGGCACAAGAUGAAUUAUUGGAAGAACGUUAUGAAUGGAUAAGACAAGUGGAAGAAUUGAAAGCAGAACGAGAAGCUUUAUUCGAAACGAAUGAUUAUAAUAAGAAAGAUGUAGAGAAAGAAGAAGAAUGGAUAGUGAAUGAUGAGGAAAUGAUUUAUGAAGUAAUAACACCGGAACAACUUUCUCCUCAAUCACCGAUCAAAUGUACUCCUUCGAGAAACAUGCCUUUAGAGAUAGAAACCAUGAAAGCAUCUUUUUCGCAUGCACAAAGGGCGAUUCAUGGAUUAAGAAAUGCUGUUCAGCGUGAAAAAACGGAGAAAAUAGAAUUAAGGCGUCUUUUAAACGAGGCGCUAGAAAAACUCGCGAGAUUAGAGAAAGAAAGUGCAAAAUAUUCGAAAAAAAAAGUAUUUAGAAAAUCGCAGCAUAGCAUAACAAUGAAUCCUUAUAAAUAUAAAGAAAUAACGAAUGAAAUAACAAUUGAAUCCGACUCGGAAUGGAAAGAUGAACAUGAUACAUCAGGAAUAACCAUUAACACGCCGGAUAAUGUAAAACGUCUUGAAGGAAGUUAUUACAUCGAAGAAAAAAGGGAUUCUAUCGAUAUAGAUGAUAAAAUAUCGAAUCAUACGAAAAAAACGCAUUUAGAUAAUAGUGAUGUUUCUCAAGAUUCUGAUAAUGAAAUUAGUGAAAAUAAAAGCAACCGAUAUCUAUCUUCUAGGGGUAAAAAUGAAUUUUCAUUCAAUUCAUCCCGAAAAAUUCAACCUUUAUUUAAAGAAUUACAAAUGUUUAAUCAAAAUAACUAUCUCGAAACCAUUAAUAUUGGAACAAUGACGGAAGAAGUAUCUGAUAUCAUGAAAACUAGAAAUUUCCUUUUCAACUUGAACACUAUUAUAACUGAGAAGAAACCCGUAUCAUUUGAUCCGAAUGAAAAUGUUAUUUUACAAAUAAACGAUACCAAUUCUUUGAUAAAUAAUGAAUCAAAUAAUUUGGAUACUGUUCCAACUACGAAUCUGUCCAAAGAAAUAAAUAAAAUCGAUACGACUGAAAAUAACAAUGAAUUGCAAUCAAGGCCGUUCUCUUUCAGUUCUUUAGUAUCUGUUUUCAAACUUAAGAAAAAGAAAAGUAUUCAAAUGCCUUCUAUUUUUGCGACAAACAAGAAUAGUUCUAAUGUCAAUUUGAAUAAAUUGAAUUAUGAUGAUGAUCUUUUUAAAAAGCCUCAGUUAAAUUCAAGAUUAACAGAUGAUAUUAAACAACAGGAAGAUAAAUCCAAUGUAAUACAGAAUAAUGGCGAUUUUGAUAUUGUCCAAGGAAAUAAGAAAGAUUAUUUUUCAAAUUUCAAAAUGCCACUCAAUGACCAAGAAGCAACACUUGUAACAUCCUCUUCUAAGUUUUCAGGAAAUACGACUGUUCAAUCUUUACAAAUAGGAUCUUUAAAAUCUCAAAAUAAAUCCGAGAUUAUGAAAAAAUUAAAUACGAGUUCGAGUUCUCGAAUAGAAUCAAAUGAAGAUAAAUCUCAUAGUUUCGAUAAAACGACUCAUGUGAAGAAACCAUCAUUCGAAUUCCUAUUACAUGAUCCUGCUAUAAAGAAACCGAAUACAUCUUUAUCUAACUCUGCUGAUAAAGAAAGUACAUACGGAACCAUUACUAUUUUUAAUUCUGUUUUGGCUUCUAAAGGCUCUCUUGCAAAUACCAAUUCAAAAUCAUCUUCUAGUUCGUUUUCUUCAAGAAAUAUUGAAAACCAUCAAUCACAAGCCAAUGGACGUAAAGUAUCCACGAAUGCUCGGCCUUCUAUAGACCCGCAAAUCAUUCGCUCUAUUACACAAACCAUGAUUGGCGAAUACUUAUGGAAAUAUACUCGUAAACAUGCACGAAAGGAAUUAUCACGUAAUCGUCAUUUGAGAUUCUUUUGGAUUCAUCCUUACUCACGAUCCUUAUACUGGUCUAAACGAAAUCCUUCUACUUCUUAUGGACAAGAAUCAUAUGCAAAGUCUGCUUUUAUCGAAUCAGUAAGGGUUGUUUAUGAUAACAACAAUUAUCCACAAGGAAUACAUAAUAGAAGCAUUGUUGUUAUUACUCCAACACGUGCAAUUAAAUUUACUGCUGGAACAUCUACUAGUCAUGAGCUUUGGUAUCAAGCAUUGUCUUAUUUAACUUCUCAAAUCAAUCCUCUCGCAGAAAUUUCUUCAAAUACUGUCGAAUCAAUUGAAACAAAACGUUGUAAUUUGGCUUCACGGAAAACUAGUGAUAACUUGGAUCCAUUAUUUAAGCAACCAAGAGAUUCUUCAUCAACGCUUACCACUAGUUCAAAUAAACCACCUUCUGACAGAAAGUCAUAUCUUCAAAGACAUCCUUCUUUACCUAAAUUGAAUCAAAUAAUUGGAUCAAGUAUUAAUUCUUAUUCAUCAAUGAGGGUUAAAAAAUCGCCUUCUAAAGAUGAUCUACUUUCUGAAGAAUCUCAUUUAGAAGAAAAAUAUAGAAGGAUUAAUUCAAUUAUCAAACAAGCAAAUUUGGAAAAUGUUCGGAGUUGUUGCAAUGGAAAACACGAUGUUGGCACAUUAUCAUAUAGAUCUAGGAGUUUUAGCAGUGAAUCUCGUCAAAGUCGUUCAUCAUCUAGAGGUUACUGUGCUCGUCUAAAUACUUCUAUAAAUCAUUAGAAGAUCGAUAUAUAUAUUAUUAAUUUCUAUUUAAUCUAUAUAUUCA